AUGUUCCUUCUAUGCCUGAUAACCGUGGCGACUGCUGCUGCUACGGUCUCAGCUUCGUAUGCUGGUAAUCUCAAUUACCGGAGCCCUUCCCAUAAUCAUCCUGGCCUAGGAAUAUCCAUUCACAAAGUCAACAAACGUAACGCGGGCUCCCCUCCUGUUGAUCCGAACAAUCUGAACUUUACACACGGCGUUGCCUCUGGGGAUCCUUAUCCAACUUCGGUAAUCUUGUGGACACGCUGUGCUCCCGUUAAGGAUAAUGUAGACAACAACAGUACAGUCUCGGGUUAUGUCCCGUUGUUCAACCCAGUGCCUAUCUACGGCAAUAGCUCGGCCCCCCUUCCAAAGAUUGUGACGUCUGGGGAAGCAUUUACGAGCUCAGAUGUAGACUACACCUUGAAGGUGGAAGCGACGGGUCUCACCCCUUUCACACGAUAUUACUACCAAUUCAACGUCUGCAAUUCCAAUGUGAUUAGCCCCUUAGGCCGUACUAAAACCACACCUUCAAGCACAGACCAGAAGGCCCAGAUAAAACUGGCAGUAUAUUCUUGCAGCAACUUCCCGUUUGGCUUUUUCAAUGCCUAUGGCAACCCAGUCCGCAAAGAUUCCGUAGACUAUGUGAUACAUCUCGGAGAUUACAUUUAUGAGUACAAAAACGGAGAUUACGGCCAUGGCGACAGUAUCGGACGGAUUCCCUUGCCAGACAAGACUAUAUUCACACUCUACGAUUAUCGUAAACGUCUCGCCACUUACCGAACGGAUUUUGACCUGCUGUCAAGCCACCAGGCAUAUCCGUGGAUUUCCGUUUGGGAUGAUCACGAGGUGGCGGACAAUACCUACAGGGAUGGAUCGUCGGAGCUAAACAACACAGAAGCCUCUUUCGUAGAAGAUGGUGGGGUCAGUGUGGAUCAGAGGAAACAGAAUGCGGUACGCGCAUACUGGGAAUGGAUGCCACUAAGGCAGGUGGCAAUGGAUGAUAAUCUUCGGAUCUGGAGAAGUUUCUCUUUCGGCUCACUUUUCGACUUGAUCAUGCUAGAUACUCGACAGUAUGACCGAUCUAUCACGGAUCUGUACUGGAAUACCCAUUAUGUCCACGACAUCUCAAACGAUGCUGGACGUUCGAUGAUGGGUAGUCGUCAGGAGAAUUGGUUCUAUACCAAUCUGAUAAACUCAAAGGCAACGUGGCGGGUAAUUGGCAGCCAGACUGUCUUUUCCCGACUUAACGAGUCAAUAAGCUACGGUAACGAGGAUCCGCUGGACUAUGAUGCGUGGGACGGGUAUCAGGCAAAUCGAAACCGUACGUACCAGACGCUGUACGAGCACAAUAUCGGCAACAACAUUGUCAUUGCUGGAGACUCGCACGCAAAUUGGGUGAGCGAUCUGAUCUGGUUGGAUGAGCAUCCUUAUGACCCUGCCACUGGGAGCGGUAGUAUAGGAGUAGAAUUUGCUGGGACAGCGGUGUCGAGCCCAAGCCCAGCAGGCCAAAACAUCUCUAUCGCUAGAGCCAACAACGCCAGCAAUUACUUAGUCAAAGAGAAUCGCGAGUUGCAAUGGUCAGAGCUUUACUACCGGGGCUAUUUCGAGUUACGGAUCAGCCACCAAGCGGUUAACGCCAAAUACUUCGGAUUGCCAACGAUUGUCAAUCGUAAUCCGAACGAGAUAAGUCUGGCGAAUUUCACCGUGCUUAGUGGUGCCAAUGCACUGCAGCGAGAUUCCUCACCGGGGGUGGUGUGGUAG